AUGUCAAUCAUCGGAAUUCUAAGCUUGUUCCUGAGUUUCUGUUUGACAACCAAUGCUGUCGUUUCUCCUACAAACAAUCCUUCGAUUAUGAUCGUUGGAGACUCUAUCUCACAGGGCCGCAAUGGUGAUUUCACUUGGCGUUACCGCCUCUGGGAGUGGUUUCAUAACAACGGCGUGUCUGUGAACUUUGUAGGUCCAUACACAGGAACAGUUGAGCAGGAUCCUGUCCAACCUGCCACUCCUCCACUCCCAUAUGGCCAAGACACGCAGCAAGGCCCGGGGCCUGUACGCCAGCUUGGUGGAUACAACUCCGGUAUUCCUUCUAAUUCUGAAUUUUUCAACGGAGGAAACCGUCAUUUUGCAGCCUGGGGGCGCCAAAUGGCCCAAGAUAUGAGCCUCAUUCAAGGAAUGGUCUCACAAUAUCAGCCAGAUUAUAUUCUGCUUGAACUCGGCUUCAAUGAUGUGGGUUGGUUUGUAAGUGAUGCUUAUGGAACAUUGCAGAGCUUGACGGCGUUCAUCAAGAAUGCCCGCGCGGCCAAAGCAGACAUCGGGUUUGCGAUAGCAAAUAUUCCUCAGAGGCUUUUCAUCGGUGGCCGUGAUGAUCUCAUUACCAAGACUGAUGAUUAUAAUGGUGCCUUGCCUGGUUUGUUUCUAAGUCUGUCUACCACCGAAUCCCCCAUUAAACUAGUCCAAUUUCGCGAAAACUAUUCUUGCAACCCUGAUGGGUGCCCUGCAGGAUCUGAUGGCUUGCAUCCUAAUGCUUUGGGAGAGUUCCAGAUUGCAAAAGCAUUUGCAAACACCCUCUCUCAGGGAUUCAACUGGCCCGGCAAUGCUUUCGUUAUCAACGGCACUAUUCCUGCACGGGCUUGCAGUACACCCAUCAAUGUCAAAGCCACUCCAAGCACUUGCGGAAUCACAGUGACGUGGGAUCCGGUAGACGGCGCCUAUGGAUAUAUUGUGACGUCUGGGUUCAACGGCGCGGUGAGUUCAGUAUUCAACGUAACCCAGCCGAUGUAUGCCACAACAUGGACUGCUGCUGGUAUUGAGUGGUUUUACCAAGUCCAGGCGUUUUGUUCAGACGUUCGCUCAGGAAUAAGUGCUCAAGUCACAGCAACAGCAAACCCAACGUGUGCCCCAGGCCCUUCCAAUGUUGUUGUCAGAUCCACUGCAGACGGGAUUGACAUGUCAUGGGAUGCUGUUACAGGAUAUGACGUUGAUGUAUACGGCGCCAUCUAUUAUGACCAGACCUCACAAGUCUUUCUGUCAGAUUAUGGGUGGUCAGGAACCUCGGCAAGUUACCAUGGUAUGGACGCCGGUGACCGUGUGGAGGUUGCAGUUGAAACUUGGGCUACUGUUGACGGUGUACUUUGUGCUGGCCUCCCAUCCGGUGGAAAAGGCGCAAUUGUUGGUGGAAUCGUACCUGGCGCUCCAACUGGGCUCAAGGUAGCCACAAUCAACGAAGGUGCAACUGUACAGCUCACAUUUGACAGCAACCCCAACGCCUACGCUUAUGGCUUUUAUACUCGGUCUCUGCUGGAGCCAGACCAGCCCUACAUACUGGGUGGCUACACUUCAGAUGUACCCUGUAUUGGGGUAACAUUUCUGUUCCCAGGGGCCUGGAACUUUGAGUUUUGCGUGGUGGCAUACAACGGAGAUUCCUCGUCUCCAAUGUCAGAGUGUGUCCAAGGCCCCCGAGAUAUCACUGAAGUCAACGACUGCCCAGUGUUGGUCGUACCGACGCCAAACCCAGACCCGACUCCAACCGUCACAUGGUCGAUUCCUGGGGCAUCAGGUCCUGCAUCAAGUAGCAGCACCGGUGCCGUUGUGUACAUUGACCCUACAAUAUGGCAAUCUCCAUCGCCCACAGCAGCCUGUGAGCCGCCUUGUACGCUCAUAUUACCGCCAUGGACACUCUCUUCCAUGACGACAAUCACCUUCCCGGUCGUCACAGAGACUAUUGAGGAGACUUGGCCAAAGACCACAACUGGUGUUGUUACAUACCUCACAACUACAAUUACAGUGUUCAUCACGCUGCCACCAGUCACGACAUCCGUGAUCGAGGUGUCUAACAUCAUCUUAACCACGGCCACUUCAGAAAUCGUCCCUGUACGAAGCAGUAUCAUCGCACCGCCCGUAAUCAUUACGGAGCCCACUCAUGGCAUUACUUACACAUAUAAACCAGGCCCCUUCCCGACUGGCAUUGAUGUUGGUCCUCCACCAGGCCACCCAGGCAAUAUUCACAUCUCAGCUGGGAUCCCGGGACCUAUCUGUCUCACUGGUUGUGGUCACCUCUGUCUCAUUAACUGCGGGGGCGGUUCAAGUGGCGGCGGUGGAGAUGAAUCACAUGGAUGCAUUGGCCCUGGAUGUGGCCCAGGGUCGGAAGACGACUGUGUUGGUGAGGGAUGUGAAGAGAGUUCAACAACUUCCAAGUCAACCAAGGACUGUGCGACAGAGACAAACACUGAGUGUCAUCAAGUCUGCACUACAAAGCCGUGCGCUACCGUUUGCAACACUUAUCUUGGCUGUGACUGCACAACAUCCUCAGUGACAGACUACUGGGUAUCGUGUCAGACACAAUCAUGUACUACUACUUCUUCGGAUGUUAUCACCGGUUGCUUUCUCACUGCAACCGCCACAACAACUGGUUCAUAUUGUCCGCUGGUCUCCAUCGAUCCUACCACUGAUGAUGAGGGCGACGAUGUCGACUUGAUUGGCAACUGGGGACCCACGGUUACUGUCACAUUCUCCGAGAGUGUUGUUGUCCAGCAGACGCCAUAUCCCGUCGUCAGUGGUUACGUGACUGUGGCUCAGACCGCCUAUCCCAUUUCUAACGUCAAAUCUAUCUCUACGACCUCUCUGGACGGGACGCGGGCUGUCAUUUAUCCCUCGUUUGUAGGAGUCACAGUCUCUGUCACGUUAACACAGUUUGUUCUCUCUACUUCCAGCAAUCCUCCCGCUACUACCACGUGGUCGCCUUCCAAAACGGCGUCAACUCCAGUAUCAUCAUCCACACCGUACCCAACCAACACGGCCAUUAACGUUGGCAAUGCCUACUGUUUUAACGGACUUGAUGGCUACCUUUCUUUCUCCCUGGACGAAACACAGACAGUUGUCAAGUCUUUUUGUUCGGCUAGUUAUGUUCUAGAUCCAGACAACACGUUUGGUUUCGUGGAAGAAGUGGAGAGAGACACUUAUAACGUUGUGGCCUCGGCAGGGUGGGCUCCCAAUCAAGCUGGAUGCGGAGCAAAACAGUCAUUUCCAUUCGCAUCGGACGAGAUGAAUUCCGAACUUUGUUUAGAGGCCUGGAGCACUGAUUUCUUCUGUGAGAAUGAAGAUGACAGCUCGGAGAAGACAAGUUAUGGAGGUGCAUAUGUUCUUGAACCUCCAAAUACUGGAGGCUGCAUUCUCAUCUCUCUGUAUGCUUACUCCAAGGUGGCACAGCCCUUGAUCGGAAAGCCGUCGAAGCAACCGCUAAUACCGCCGGCGUCGAAUAUCACUCAUCCAGGAGACAAGUUUUCAUGGAAGCAUGGUAAUAAGACUGGCGGUCAUCAAAUAUGGCCUACUUCUAAGAACACAGUGUCAAAGAAUGGCGCCGAGCUUUUCAGUCAAGCAGAGAUUAGCCAACUUUUUAACGGCUCAUCCAAUACAACGUAG